UUUAGAAUCCAAAUGCAGUUCAGCUAAUUUUCCUCUACUCUAAUAAUCUACCCUGCAUUUUUAGCCGGAAAGCAUCAAGAUUGUUUGGAUUGUGAUUUUUCGUUUAAGUUUUUUGUGAAUAUAUUUCUCAAUCGGAUUUAGCAAUCCAAACAAAGUGAUUGUUAUUAACAUGGCGCAGAUUGGAUUCAGCGGCACUUUAGCUCUCAUUUUCGUCCUCCUGAUUGCCACCGGAACCGGGGGAUUUUACCGAUUAGCCGAGGGAGCAAAGCGGAGAAUCCACGUCACGGACAACCUCGACGACGUCGUUGAUGACGAGGAGGACGAGGCCUGGAAAGAAUGGGGCAAAAAGAAAUCCACCACAAGACCCCAAUUCGAUCCGCCCCCUGACGAUUUCUCCAAUAUGGACGUCGCGGAAAUGCAGUCUGAAAUGCUGAAGCGCCAAACCGGACCCGUUUUCGGCUUCGCCAAGCUCCGAAUCGGCCCUCGUCGGACCCCUGAUGUGGUAUCUGAAAUUGCAAUGAAAUGGAGUAAGGUGGCAAGGACCGGAGGAAUUGAGGCAAAUUUCAUGGGAGUUGAUGUCAGUACCAUUAUGUUCACAAUGGAAAAAGGUCAAGACGCCAUUGAGUUGAAAGAAUUUAUAUUAAGUCAACCAGACGCAUAUGAAGUUAAGAUAGGAGAUCAGUUUUUCCGGCGACCUGGUGAUCCUUCUUUCGACGAGGUUUUCAGCAAGCACCAGAGCGAGAAAAGUGGUGAAGACCAUGACAAGCACAGCGAGCUAUGAUCACAAAGGGAUCUGCUAUGCACUUUUUUUUUACUCUUAGCAGCUGAUUGUAGCCUUUCAGGAAGUUCUCAUGACGAGCUUAUGACUCUUCUACCUGAAAGGUUGUACUGGUAGUUUGUAAACUUCCUACCAUUACCUUCAAAAGGAUAGUCAUACAGCAAUUACAUAUGCUUGCCUGAUUUCUUCAUUUCAGAAGUUUA